AUGUUCGGGCAGAAGAAGGAUCUGAAGAUCCACUGCAGCCACCACACGACGUGCAGCCGGCGCGUCAUCAUGGCGCUCCUCGAAAGCGGCCAGGACUUCGAGUACGUGCACGUCGACAUGGCCAAGGGCGAGCACAAGUCGCCGGCAUUCCUCAAGAUCCAGCCCUUCGGCAAGGUGCCCGUGCUCCAGGACGGGGACUUCACGCUCUUCGAGAGCCGCGCGAUCAUGAAGUACGUUUUGACCGGCACGCCGCUCUGCCCCGGCGACGCGAAAGAGAUGGCCGCCGUCGAGAGCGCCAUCAGCGUCGAGUACAGCUAUUUCACGCCGGCCUUCAUGCCCGUCUACGUCGAGCGCAUGCUCAAGAAGAAGAAGGGCCUCGAGGCCGACGAGACGAAGGUCGCGGCGGCGAUCGAGGCGCUCGGCCCCGUGCUCGACGUCGUCGAGGCGCUCCUCGAGGGCAAGACCUACAUGGCCGGCCCGAAGUUCACCAUGGCGGACAUCUCCUACAUGCCCUAUUUCCACCAGUUCGACGCGCUCGGCAUCGCGGAGCUCCGCGACGACCGCCCGAACCUCAAGGCGUGGUGGGCGACGGUGUCGACGAUGCCGAACUGGGCGUACGCGACGUCGGGCAAGGUCGCCACCGAGAAGGUCGCGAAGGCGGCCUAA